AUGUUCAUUCUUACCACCAUCUCAGAUCUGAUACAGAUCUCGCCUGAGGACUUUUCAAAGUACAGUGCCGUGGCUAUCGAAGAUAACAUUAAUGAAAAAUAUGCCAACAAGGUCAUCCAAAAAAUCGGUCUAUGCAUCAGCUUUUAUGACCUCCUCGAGUCCUCAGAUGGUCUGAUCGGCCAUGGAACGGGACUUGUCAACGUCAAUGUCAAAUUUCGUAUGAUCGUCUUCCGGCCCUUCAAGGGCGAGAUUAUGAUGGGCAAGAUCGCGAGCGGCACAGAGCAUGGCAUCAAGAUUGCCGUUGAGUUUUUCAACGAUAUUUUGAUCCCCCCAGGCCUGCUUCUUGACAAUGCUAGAUUUGACUAUGCGGAUCAAGUCUGGACCUGGGUGAACGAUGAUGGAUCAACGUUCUACUUUGAUGUCGGAGAAAUCGUCCGUUUCCGCGUUGAGACGGAAGAGUGGCAUGACCAGAUCCCUAACGCACCUGAGCUCGCCGACAUGCCUGUUCAGGAAAGGAAGCCUCCGUAUUCCAUUAUUGGCUCGAUGCAGAUGGCCGGCCUUGGGCCCGUUGCUUGGUGGUGA